GUCAUUUUUGACAUUUGACAUGUUUUCUUGUUUGACAAAGAAUUGUUUAUCAUCUUUGAUUUAUCAUACUGUGUUAUCAUAGACAAGAGAAAUAUUGAUUGUUUAUUAAUUUGGAAUAAGAAUACUGUUUAUUUAAUAGGUAUAUUAAAGUUAUCAUAAACGGAAUCAUGGAAAAGGAUGAUUCAAAUGGGAGCUCCUUUGAAAUAAUAGAUAAACCAGGAAAUGAUCAGGCAAAUGGAAGCGAUAGAACUGGAUCGUCUAGUCGCACUUCAACAUCAUCUUUUGUUACUUCCCCUUGUUCAGUGAAUGUUACAACCGGAAAUUUAUUAUCAAAUGUAGCACCACCAACAACACUGCCAGAUUUUCAAUUAUGGAACUCCCCAGCAUCUACCGCCAUUUCCACAGAAUCAACCACACAUUUAAACACGGUUGUUACUGCAGCCCCUAUUAUUGUUAAUCAAUUUCCAAGCCCACAAUUUAGUGCUGCCAUACCUCCAAACAAAGGCAUACCUCAGGAACAAUUGUUAAAGCGAACAGUAUUGAUUGAGGCAGAAGAGGCUUCAUCUAGUGGUUUUUUUGGUUUUGUUAAAGAUGCUUUAUCAAGUCAGGUUGUUAGUAAAAUGGUAGAGAAAGCAAAAAGUUCAGUAGACUCAAUAAUUACAACUCUGGACCCUCAAAUGAGUGAAUAUAUUUAUUCUGAUGGCGAUUUAAAAAUAAUUGUGACUUCAGAAGAAGAAGACAUUAUUGGUGCAAUUAGAGAAGCUACUUAUGCAGUUUUUGGAAAAGCAUGGGUGCAGGGUCUGACAGAUGUGCCUUUUGAAAAAACUCAAGCUGUUGGAUUUGAUAAAGCUAUAAAAAAUCUUGAAGCAAAGUUAGCUUUCUCUCUGCAGCUGAAAAAUAUACCAACCGUUGCUAUUGAAAAUGUCUUAAUAAAACAAGGCAAGAUCUGGCAUGAUGUUAGUAUACUGAUACUGAGAGACUUGGAUAAUCAAAUAAAUCUCCAAACAUUAUCACAAUCUGUACCAGUGCCAGUCAGAAAAUUUUUAGGACCUGAAGUAGCCGACAUAGACAUAGAGAAUAAACUUGCAGAAUAUUUGAAGAAUGUUCCCUGCUGGCAAGAGGAGGUAUCAGGUGUGACAAGAAAAGAAAUAUUAACUUUAGCUGCUAAAGUACUUUUUAAAGUCUAUAAAGACAAUUUACCGCGACGAUCAGAGAGUAAAUGAUAGAAUACAGAAAAUAAAUAAUGAAUCUUUAGCCUUUAAGCGAUCCUUGUAUUAUAUCAACUUUAGAUAGAUAGUUAAACUCACCGCGCAAAAUUUAGACAUAUCUUUUGAGAAGUAAAACAGAAACUUUUUGAUGCCCUUCAUUUUGAUUCCACGUUAAAUUUAUAAAGUAAUAUUAAAGGAUAAAAGUUUUGGCACCUUGAUUUUAACUGUUUAUUUCGCAAUUUUCUGUUUUUUUUUUAAAUACAAUUUGCCUUGAAUACGCGAGCAACAAAAACGGGGUAUGAAUAGACUUAAUAUUACUCAUAAAUAGAGUAAUUAUUAAACUGCAUAAAAUCACCUAACGCAUUGAAAAUCCCCGCACGUAAGAUGUACUUUCAAAACGUAGCAUGCUUAAAGCUUCAAUUUCACCUGAUUGACUUCAAAACAAACAGGAUUCAAUACUUGGCACAUUAUUUCGAAAAUUUUGUGGCUUGUAACAGAAAAUGGACCUUUCAACAGGGGCGGUUUGUCUUACGAGGCAGUGCCUCAGUAAUAAAUUUGAAAAAUUACAUGUCUUGAUCGAUCCAUCUUUAAUCACAAUUUUACAUUUUUUUUCUCUAAUUGCAUCAGUAUAAUUUUUUAUUCGUCAUUCUACAAUAAAUUACGUUCAUGGUAUAAGAAAUAAUGUAUAAAACUAAUGAAAAGAAAUGCCAUAGGCCUUUUGUUGAAGAAAGAUCAAAUAUAUGGAGUAGUUAGCGCGUGAAAUGAUCGUAUUAAUGUAGAUAAAGAAUUGUAAAUAUGUAGUUAAAUAUGUUAAGUAAAGUGAUCUGUUACAAGUAAAC